AUGAGCAGAGAUGAAAUUAAAGAAGGAAGAGUAGAGGUAGUAACAUGUUUUGAACCCUUUGAUCUGAGGUGCAAUUACUGUAUAAGAGAGUUCACAAUCAUGCUAGGAAUUGUUUUAGUCAUAUUAUCUGUUCGAUUUGUUCUAGGAUUUGGCGUAGGGUUUCAUUUGACGCAAGUUGCUAGGUCAAUCCCUAAUCACGAUUCCUUUACCAAAGCUGGUUCUUUGUUUCUGGAGUCUGUUCUGCAGUUUGAUAAAUUAGAAGUAGAUUGGGAUGUGUUCUUGCAGGAUGGUGUACAGCUAUGGCAAGAAAAGUAUGGCACAGGUAAUGAUGAUCAUGGGUUAAAGCAGUUUAUAUUAGGGGUGUCGGUAGGAAAUAAGAUAAACAGUCUUCAGAAUUAUACCGACCAUGGAGUGGUAAAUAUUUUGGCAAACUUAGAGUUCGGAGGUAGUAUAGAAGAUACUUUGAGAUAUCUACGGGGUUCUGCCGAUUUAGUUCACUUAUCUUUGUUACUUGGUCAAGACAAUAUUGAGUGGAAUUAUUACUUAUCUACGCAAAUUAAGUUACCCUUGAAGGAAGACGUUCUCGACCUAUUAUCACAGCAAAAUAUCGAAGGUGAUUGGGUUAGCAUCGUUGGCCAUAUGUUUGAUAUGCUUGGUGUCUUGCACUCGGAACUCUAUUUAUUACAGAACAAAAGGUUUCAUGCCUUGGACGUAGCGUAUUCGUUGAGUCCAGGUGGUCCGAAACUUUUAAGAGAACAUUGGCGAGGAGGAGAGUGGAAUAUCUUAGCAGAGUUGCAAAAGUUCACUUAUGGAAUUGGAUUACAAUUUAACGUCCAACAAUCCAGUGAGAAAUCCUCUUUAUCUAUUACAACUCAAGACUCCAACAGUGAUAAUAAAUAUGUGACUCCAUUAAAAAAGUUGUCGCUAUUUGGUACCAGCAUUGUCAGUGGAGAAUUCUUGGAAGAUGUUCCCUGCAUUGCAGUCGGGGCACCAUUAGAUGAUGUAAGUGGGUCCAUUUAUGUCAUUCCUAUGUCCACACUUGAAUCUGAGGGUAAGCAAAGUUCAAAAAUGACUGCUCUUUAUGGGUCAAAAGUUCAUAAGUUCAGAUUAUCGAAUUAUGACUAUCUUGUUGUUUCUGAGCCUGGUAAAAAAUUUAUUCAUAUCUACUUAUUUGGUGAGAAGAUUAUAACUAUCGUGGAUCCUUCGUCUAGCUAUCAAGAAGUUAGUUGCAUAGUUGAUCUUGACAACGACCAGAUACCAGAUUUAAUUUUGACUUGCAAGUAUUGUAAUAAGAACGAACUAGGAAAGGUGAUAAUUAUUCCAGGAUUGAAUAUCAUCCCAUACUUGGUUUCAGGUAAAAUAAAUCAAGUGGAAUUUGUAGAUAAUAUCGGGAGUAUAGUCUUAAACGGACCAAGAUCUUUAAAAUUUCAACAUUAUGGGGCUAACGCUGCAGCAUCUGGCAGUUUUUUAUUUGUGACUGCUCAAAGCCUAGGACUAGUGUACGGAUACAACUUACAACAAUUAAAUACAGGAAUUCCACCAUCGUUUUACAUUAAAGAGGAUGAUAUCAUCUUUCCUAGCGAAGACGUCCCAUGGAAAUGGGGGGAUAUUAUAGCAUCCUCUGAACAUGGAUUCUUUGGUGCAGAAAUGCACGUAUGGACUCAUGAUCAAGUAGAUUAUAUUGCAAUAUCACAGUUGCUCUUCAAUAAGGUCUACAUAUUCAAAGAUGCUGGCAACUCUGCACUAGAGGUCUGGUUAAUAUUGGAACUUGACACAUUAGUUGACCUUAACACUGUCAAGUCCUCUAUUGAGUUUGGUAAGGGUGUUCACUUCUCACACUCCCGGAAAAGGCUAUUUCUUUCUUCUCCGGGCAGUUUUAAUGGCGCUGGUGCUAUCUGGAGUGUCUCUAUGUCAGAAAUGAAGAGAACAGUUGAACUUUGGAGAUCCAAACAUUUGCUCAUAACCGCUUUAAAACACCUUGAAUUCGUUAACCCCGAGCAAAAGAAAAAGGGUUGGUCUAAUUUCGGCUCCAAUUUGGCUGAGUCCCCAUUAGAUGACUUAUUAGUUUCCAUUCCACAAUUUGGCUACGGUGACUUACAUGACCUUUCGCUAAUCGGAGCAUUAUUGAUUCAUUAG